UUGUUAUAGUUGGAUGUGAAAGACAUCUAUUGUUCAAAACGAAUUCUUAUUUCUUAUUCAUUAUAUAUUUUUUAUCUAAAAAAGAUUCUCUUCAUAUAUCUAAAUAAGAUUUUCUUCAUAAAAAAGAAAUAUAGAUAUGUCAAAUAUCCGUUAAAAUUGGAUCAAAAAUUACUCGAAAUAAAAAAAUUUUUGUUUUGGAACUUUUAGUUCUCGUUGUUUAUCUCUCAAAGUUCUAUCUUUAGAAUCUGCUAAAUCAAACUUAAUAAAAGAAAUAAAUAACCUAAAAACCCUUUAUUUUCCUUAUUCUAUACUUUAUUUACAUGUAAUAAAAUACCUCAAAGGAUUGUAAACUUUUGCCUAAUAAAUGGAGUCUUUUUUUAGUCAAACUUGAUAAAAAAGGUUCAUUUUAGAUCUAUAAUCUUCUAAACUUUACUAAUAAAUUGUUUUGAUUGAAAUAGAAAACAAUCAAUCCCAUAAUGAAUUAGUUAAUGAGUUUAAAUAAACUAACGAAAAUCAAGAGGUUUUUUCAUUAGACCAAUGCCCUUAGUUAAUCCUAUAAUUCAUAUCAGGAUAAAGUAUUCUUUUUAGCCUAAAUUUUUAUCCUUGCUAUAUUUUCAUUUUCCUAUUAUAAGUAUUCAUUUUUAUAUGUCACUUAGUAAUAUCAUUUGACCAACUGUAACUUCUUGUUUUGAAUAUUUGAACGAUUUUGAAAAGACUCAGAAUAAAUACUAAUAUAAAAUUAUUCAAUAAGUUAGUGCAUAUCUUGAUUUUUUAUUGACUUUUUUCGAAAGAGGUAAGAUCCGGUGAAUCGAAAACAAUUAAUUAAGAAUAAAAAACUUUUUUUAUGGAACAGACAUAUCAAUAUGCGUGGAUAAUACCUUUUCUUCCACUUCCAGUUCCUAUGUUAAUAGGGUUGGGACUUCUUCUUUUUCCGACGGCAACAAAAAGUCUUCGUCGUAUGUGGGCUUUUCAGAGCGUUUUAUUGUUAAGUAUAGUCAUGAUUUUUUCUCUGAAUCUGUCUAUUCAGCAAAUAAAUAGCAGUUCUGUCUAUCAAUAUGUAUGGUCUUGGAUUAUAAAUAAUGAUUUUUCUUUAGAAUUCGGAUACUUGAUCGAUCCACUUACUUCUAUUAUGUCAAUAUUAAUCACUACUGUUGGAAUUAUGGUUCUGAUUUAUAGUGAUAAUUAUAUGUCUCAUGAUCACGGAUAUUUGAGAUUUUUUGCUUAUAUGAGUUUUUUCAGUACUUCCAUGUUGGGAUUAGUUACUAGUUCAAAUUUGAUACAAAUUUAUAUUUUUUGGGAAUUGGUUGGAAUGUGUUCGUAUCUAUUAAUAGGAUUUUGGUUCACACGACCUGUUGCAGCAAAGGCUUGUCAAAAAGCAUUUGUAACUAAUCGUGUUGGUGAUUUUGGUUUAUUAUUAGGCAUUUUAGGGUUUUAUUGGAUAACGGGGAGUUUCGAAUUUCGUGAUUUAUUUCAAAUAUUCAAUAACUUGAUUUCUAAUAAUGAGGUCAAUUCUGUAUUUGUUACUUUGUGCGCUGUUCUAUUAUUUGCUGGUGCGAUUGCUAAAUCUGCACAAUUUCCCCUUCAUGUAUGGUUACCUGAUGCAAUGGAAGGGCCGACCCCUAUUUCGGCCCUUAUACAUGCUGCUACGAUGGUAGCAGCGGGAAUUUUUCUUGUAGCUCGACUUAUGCCCCUUUUCAUAGUAAUACCCCACAUAAUGAAUUUUAUCUCUUUUAUAGGGAUAAUAACAGUUUUUUUCGGAGCUACUUUAGCUCUUGCUCAAAAAGACAUUAAGAGAGGUUUAGCCUAUUCCACAAUGUCUCAAUUGGGUUAUAUGAUGUUAGCUCUAGGUAUGGGUUCUUAUCGUAGUGCUUUAUUUCAUUUGAUUACUCAUGCUUAUUCCAAGGCAUUAUUGUUUUUAGGAUCGGGAUCCGUUAUUCACUCAAUGGAAACUCUUGUUGGAUAUUGUCCAAAAAAAAGUCAGAAUAUGGUGCUUAUGGGAGGUUUAAAAAAACAUGUACCAAUUACUAAAAAUUCUUUUUUAUUAGGUACACUUUCUCUUUGUGGUAUUCCACCUCUUGCUUGUUUUUGGUCCAAAGAUGAAAUUCUGAAUGAUAGUUGGUUGUAUUCACCUAUUUUUGCAAUAAUAGCUUGGUCUACGGCGGGAUUCACCGCAUUUUAUAUGUGUCGGAUCUAUUUACUUACUUUUGAAGGACAUUUAAACGUUCAUUUUCAAAAUUACAGUGGAAAAAGGAAUACCCCCCUGUAUUUAAUAUCUCUAUGGGGUAAAGAAGGUUCAAAAAUAAGUAACAAAAACUUGAACUUUUGUUUGGUAACUUUAUUAAAAAUGAAUAAGAAUGGACGUCCUUCUUUUUUUUCAAAUAAAGUAUAUAAAAUGGAUGAAAAUGGAAGAAAUCUGAUCCAACCCUUUCUUUCUAUUCCGAAUUUUAGCAAUACCAAGACUUCUUUGUAUCCUUAUGAAUCGGAUAAUACGAUGUUAUUCCCAAUACUUAUAUUAAUUCUAUUUACUUUGUUCGUUGGAUUCUUAGGAAUUCCUUUCAAUCAAGAUGUGGAUAUAUUAUCCAAAUGGUUAACCCCGUCUAUAAAUCUUUUACAUCAAAGUUCAAACAAUUCAAUAGAUUGGUAUGAAUUUUGUAAAGAUGCAGUUUUUUCAGUCAGUAUAGCCUGUUUCGGAAUAUAUAUAGCAUUUUUUUUAUAUAAACCUGUUUAUUCAUCUUUUCAAAAUUUGGACUUAAUUAAUUCAGUUGUUAAAAUGGGUCCUAAGAGAAUUUUUUCUGACAAAAUAAAAAAUGCUAUAUAUGAUUGGUCAUAUAAUCGGGGUUACAUAGAUGCCUUUUAUGGAACAUUCUUCACUGCGGGGGUGCGAAAAUUGGCCGAAUUUACUCAUUUUUUUGAUAGACGAAUAAUUGAUGGAAUUCCAAAUGGAGUUGGGUUUAUGAGUUUCUUUGUAGCAGAGGUUAUUAAAUCGGUAGGGGGUGGACGCAUUUCUUCUUAUUUGUUCUUUUAUUUUUCUUAUGUAUCAAUCUUUUUAUUAAUUUAUUACUUUUUAAAUCUUUAAGUCUUCUUCAAUCUUUAAAUCUUUUUAAGUCUUUAAUAAAGUCUUUCUUUAAUUGAGUCUUUAAUUCUUUAAUAGCAAUCCAACCCAUUUCAUGAAUAAAAUGUGACCAAUUAUCCAACCAACAAAACUACUUGUUACAAAUAGCAUCUUGCUGUUGCAUCGAAACAUAAAAAUGUUGACUAAUCUCGCUAACAUUGAACUUGGUAAAAUGAAAUGAUUCAAUAAUUGAAAAAUGAGAUUAUUCAGGAAUACACAUUGAAUGCUGAGAUUACGCAUUGAAUUUCUGGUAGUAGAUCCAUAAUCCAAGAAGUUUUUCUUACUAUUGCAGAAGAAAUGAAACAAAA